AAAUUAUGAGAAAAUAUAAAAAAUAAAUGCUAAUUAUUUGUAAAUUUAAAAAUUGUAUGUUAGACACUACAUAAUGAAGUUAUAUAUAAUAAUUUUAUUAUUUCUCUUGGGGUUUAAGGGAUAUGAAACUGAUAAUUUAGAUAUUAUAAAAGAUCAUGCAACGGCUAAUGUAAAUGAGGAUAAAAAAAAUGAUGAAAAAAUUGCUCAGGAAAAUUUUUUAAAAAAUUCAGACCAAAUAAUUGAAAAAAAUCAAGAAUCAAUUUCAGAACCCUUAAAUUCUGUUGACCACGAACACAAGAAUAUUGAAACUAGUCAAAAUAAACACAAUAUUUUAGAUGAUACAUUACCAACUCAUCAGCCUUUAAAUGAUGAGAUUCAGGAUAUUCCAAAUGAUGUGAAGAAUGAUAGUCCGCAUGGGAAUAAUUUUGAUGAUCAUGAAAAUAGUAAAAGUAAAACCUUCCAAGAAACCCGCGAAGCACUGGAAAAGAUGGCGAACGAGAAUAUUUUAAAGGAACAAAAUCCCGAAAACAAAGAUGAGGUGGUACCUUCUGCUUCUAGUGUUCUUGAGGAUAACAAAAUGGAGCUUAAUGUAAAUGUCGAAGAAACGACUAACCAAAACUUCGAAGGAACCGAACCGCUAAAUUCCCAACCAUCUGAACCAAAUCCGGAAUACGUUACGCCUGCUUCAAAUAAUUUUGUACAAAAUGAGAGCGUAAACUAUGUAGCAGAGAAUGAUGAGAUUCCAGACGCCAAAACGGAAAAUAAUGAUAUUGAAAAUAAUGAUGAAAAUUUUGGUGGUAUUACUGAAGAAGAUCAGCAAGAAAAGGAUGAAUUUUUCGACGAAGCCAUAAAAGUUGUCAAACAAAUUGUGAGGGGGGGUGUAGGGGAAACCGAACCAGACGAAGGUGUUCCCGCGAACGAAAACUCUGCCACAGACAAAGAAGCGGACGACGAUAAAAAGGACGACGGCAAUAGUUUGGAGAAACUUUUGGGGUUGAAUGCCAAGGUAAAAUUCAAGAUGAUCGCCAACGGAAAAGAAAUCCCUAAUUUCCUGUUCAACAAUCUCGCCGAUGACAUUCUUGGUACCUUGAAGGACAAAGAUACGUCGGAAAUUGAUCAUUUGGAGGACGCGGAAGAGGAAGACAACAACGACGAGAUCCGGGGGAUAGAUGGGAUGACCGAAAAAGAUGUCAACAAAUAUUUUUUACGCCGGAAAACCGAGUCCAAGGUUGACGAACACGAGGGCAAUGUCGAGAAUACCGACCAGUCGGCAGCGGCGCUCCGAUUGCAACAAUUAAAAAGUGAUCUGGUUACAGCGAAUGAUCUCUACGUCAAAGCCAGGAACAUACUCAAGAAGCGAACGAUAGGAAUUGGCACACCGGAACCAGCCCUCGAUAAAGCUAGCCACCUCAUACUCGAGUCCUCCAAAAUGAAUUACAUACCGGCCUUGGAAGAGUUAGCAUACUUUUUUCUGUUCGGUCGUCAUUUACCUCAAAAUCUGACAAGGGCCCGUCUUAUUUUCGAAGAUUUGGCCAAGAUCGGAUCCCCCAGAGCCCAGAUGGGCUUGGGAUUCUUACAUUCGACCGGCCUCAUCUCCCCUAACGUUCAAUCUUCGCAGGCCAAGGCCCUGAUAUAUUACACAUUCGCUUCUCUAGGGGGUAACCCUUUCGCGCGGAUGGCCCUAGGCUACAGAUACAGGAACGGGUAUUCGGUUCAAGAAAAUUGCGAAUCGUCUCUCACUAAUUACAGGCGAGUAGCCAAAACGGUGGCCAAAGAGGUGAGGGACAGCAAAGCGAUAGACAAUCCCGGGGUUAUUCAACGAAUACGCCUUCUGGAUUUGGCCGAUCCUCCUCAAACGCCUCCACCCGAGAAUACCGUAACUACUGGCGUGUCAGAGUCUACCACAACGAGCUCCGCGGAUUCUACCACCGGUUCGAAUACGGCGAAUUCUCAGAGUUCUUCUACAACUUCUAGUAGUUCAAGCUCUUCGUCAAGUUCAAGUUCUUCUGGCUCCGUCAUCUUAGAUCGGGAUCUGAUAAAAUACUACAAGUUUUUGGCCGAUAAAGGUGACGUGCAAGCGCAAAUAGGACUGGGCCAGCUUCUAUAUCAAGGGGGCAGAGGGGUGAUGCCUGACCCCCACCAGGCUUUCGCGUUAUUCAGGGAAGCUGCCCAUACAUCCAACAAUGCCUACGCUCAAGCCUUUCUAGCUAAGAUGUAUUUAGAAGGCAUAGGAGAUGACAAAUUCUUACCUCCCGAUAACAAAACCGCCUUCGCGUAUUACACCAAAUCCGCCAAACAGGAUAAUCCCAUGGGACAAACGGGGCUCGGCGUUAUGCACCUUUUCGGUUACUCGCUUACUAACCCGGAACGCGUGGAUUCGUCCCGUGGCGCAUCCUUGACCGCACUUAAGGAUAAAAAAAACGCCCCGACAAACGGGGUUAACGUAGAUUAUUUGGUCAGUGAUCCCGCUAAAGCUUACGGUUACUUCAAGGCCGCGGCUGAUCAGGGAUACCCCGAAGCGCAACUUUACAUAGCUAACAUGUAUUUCACUGGUUUAGGAGUAACUACCAAUUACAAGCUGGCCUUGAAAUACUACAAUCUAGCUUCGCAAUCAGGAAAUCUAUUGGCGUUUUAUAACCUAGCCCAAAUGCACGCAGUCGGUCUCGGUUCGAUAAGGUCCUGCUAUACCGCUAAUGAAUUAUUCAAAAACGUCGCCGAACGGGGUUACUGGGGCAGGAUGCUAAUGGAAGCCUAUCACGCUUAUAAGAACGACAAUCUUGGACCGGCCCUCGUCAUCUACCUCUUUUUGGCCGAGUUGGGCUACGAAGCUGCUCAGAGCAACGCGGCUUAUAUUCUUGAACAGGAAAAUAUAUCCUGGUUCCCGAGAAACGAAUCCCUAUCCAGAGCCUUCGUUCUAUGGAAGCGAGCAGCUCUUCAAGGUUAUAAUGGUGCCCGUCUUAAAUUGGGAGAUUUUUAUUACUACGGGGUCGGGGGAGAGGUCGAUUACGAAGCGGCGGCCCAUAAUUAUCGUACGGCUUACGAGAGCCAACGCAACGCCCGAGCGCUCUUCAACCUGGCUUUCAUGCACGAAAAAGGGUUCGGUCUCAAAAAGGAUCUCCAUUUAGCCAAAAGAUAUUACGAUAUGGCCAUCCAAGCUAGUCCAGACGCCAUGGUCCCCGUGUCUUUGGCGCUUUUUAAACUCUCUCUCAUGCUGUAUUACGAGCAAUUUAAACAGUUGAAUUACAAGAAUACUUUGGCGAAACUGUACGAGCUGCAAAACCGUGUUGUACCACAUGAUUGGGAUCUGUAUCUCAUCAUGGCCGCCGCCUUCAUCUUGGGAACGCUCAUAUAUUUUCGACGCCGACCUUUACCCGCUUAAAUAUCGCGAUUUUAUUUAUAUAUUUUUUUUUCCUUUCAAAAAACAUAUUUACCCCACGCCAAGUUAUACCAGAAUAUUUUGGUUUAAAAGAGUUCUAUAAAUAAACAUGUUCUUAUUAUA